CCGGCUUCAGCCGUUUUUACUACAAGCAGAGAAGCGCUGCACAGAAGUUGAGCGACACGCGUGACAAGAGAAACCUCCCGUGAAAGUAUUUCACCUGGAGUCAAACAGACAGACUGUGCGGACGACUUUGAAUUUUUUUCAAACAGAGAGCUCGUGAACACAGCACAGAAAAGACGUAGACGCGGGGAGGCUUCUCGUUGUGGAGAGAGGUAGAAAAAAAGAGACAUUUUGAAUCUUCUGUGGAGGUGGAGGAGUUUUUCAGUCUUUUGUUUUGGUAGAAAAACGUGAAGGAGCCCAGUGGGCCGGUUGCUGCACCGAAGACCAAGUUUGUUUUUCGUGCAAGAAGGCAGAACACGUGUGCAAAGUUUUUUUUUGCGUCAAAGACAGCGAAGAGAAGGAGAAAAGAAGGGAGAAUCAUCCAGCUGGUAUCAGACAGUCACAUCACUGGCAGCAAUCAAGUGUCCUGCAGCAACAGCCUCGCAGGACGGGGACGCUGCAGAGGUAUCUUUUCCCAGUGUCCAGAGCAGCGUGGACUUUUGACCAAAUGCAGAUGAAACAUUGAAUCCUGAUCUCCACACCUCCCUGCAGCUUCAUGGGAGAUUGUCAGAUGUGUACCUGUCACUCAAAGCCCCUGGCCUGGCUGCGGGGAUGGCUGCCUCUGCCCUGAAACUUAGCAGCCUGGUAGUCAUGAACAGCAGUAAUCAGUGUCACACUCAGUCAGGUUCUGCUGGCAGUACCUCCAGAACAAGAACCAGUCCGGUCGCUAGACCUGUACUGCCAGUUCCAGACAGGAGCACCUACUGCCAGUUUCUGGGUGGAGGUCUUUACAGUCCAACUAGCCCUAAGGCGAGCCCGACCAGCACUACUCAAACCUUUGAGUUCCCCUCUUCAUCCUCACAUUGCCCAGGUCCUAAUCCCCGUGCCCGCUCUCCUUCACCGAGAAGUCCAGAACUACUAGGAGUGAAUGUGGGUCAGAGGGUCAGACGCCUAAGUUCAUCCAGUGGGGAAGAUAGACGGGAGGGAGACGGCCAGGAGCAAAGAGAAGGAGAAGCAGGGGAGGUGUGGAGGCGAGAAGAGAGAAGACGCCAGGCACAGCAGCUACAGAUUCACAGGGAGCUGCAAAACGUUGAGGUCAGAGGAAAAGUUGGCAUUUUUGAAGCUCACAUUUCCGGGAACCGUGCCCAGGUGUUUAAAAGUGAGCUUCAGCGCAGCCCUCGAUCUCCUAGAAGAUCAACAAACCAAACCUCCUCACAUCCCAGCCAAGGGAACACGGCUCUUACGUGCUCAAUGACCCAACCACAGGAGAGUCGAGUUACUUCCGUUGUGCAAAAUGGUGGUGAAGGGGGAGAAACCAUGGCAGUGGAAAGGAGGAAUGGAGGACCAAAUUACAGCGGCGCUCUUGUAAUGAACUCAGACUGCCUUGCAGAAACGAUGAUGCAAAAGCCAUGUUUAGAUAAGGUGUUCGCAGUUCCGAGUUACCCUGAGGCAUUAGAAAUAAAUGAAAAAAAGGUGACAGAAGAGAGAGACAACAAACAGAUAUUCCUGGAAGAGGAGAAGAGUGUCCAUCAGAGCCCAGAGACGCUAACGACAGAGGACAACAAGUCAGACAACGAUGCAGAAAUCCAAUCAACAUGUCAGGCACAGAACAGUGAAAACUCCCAAUGUUUGGUAGACACAACCAGUGAGAUCUCCAACCACCAUUUCUCCAUCUUCCCCUCCAACUCUCCCUGCAUCCCGUCAGUAAUAAUAACUGAUCAUGGCCAACCUCAAACUUCUGACGGUCCUGGCUCAGAGCAGGAACCGUACUGCACCAGUCCUGGAUCCAGCCCUGGUCCUGGGCUUACCUCAUCUUUACCUUCUCUUCGAAAACUUUCCUCUUCCUCUGCCUCCUCGGCGGGUUUCUCCUCAUCUUGGGAAGAGUCGGAGGAGGACAUUUCCAGUGACACGGAGAGAGGGGAGGAGCUCCUUAAACCGGCACUCCUCAGUUCUCAACAGAGAGCACACAAGUCCUGGAAGAAGAUAAAGAACAUGGUCCACUGGUCUCCCUUUGUCAUGUCUUUCAAGAAGAAAUAUCCCUGGAUACAACUGGCUGGACACGCAGGGAGCUUCAAGGCAGGAGCAAAGGGUCGUAUUUUAAAAAAACACUGUGACUGCGAGCAGCGCUGCUUGUCCCUCCUGAUGAAGGAUGUGCUCCGUCCGUUUGUCCCCGGCUACCACGGAGAUGUAGAGAAGGACGGGCAAAAGUACAACCAGAUGGAGGAUCUGCUGGCUGAGUUUGACUUUCCUUGUGUGAUGGACUGUAAGAUGGGAAUAAGAACCUACCUAGAGGAGGAGCUGACCAAGGCGCGGAAGAAACCCACCCCGAGACCAGACAUGUAUCAGAAGAUGAUCGAGGUAGAUCCUGAGGCUCCAACACCAGAGGAGAACGAGCAGAAGGCAGUGACCAAACCCCGCUACAUGCAGUGGAGGGAAACCAUCAGCUCAACAGCUGAACUGGGAUUCAGGAUAGAAGGAGUCAAGAAGGAGGACGGGACGGUGAACAGGGAUUUUAAGAAGACGAAAACGAGAGAGCAAGUUGCCGUGGCCUUUAAUGACUUUGCCAGGGGAAAUAAGGAUAUACUGAAUGGUUAUUUAAGCAGACUAAAUGAAAUCAGAGACACUCUGGAGACCUCCCCCUUCUUCAAAACUCAUGAGGUGAUCGGCAGCUCCUUGUUAUUUGUUCAUGACAGUAAAGGACGGGCCAAAGUCUGGAUGAUUGAUUUUGGCAAAACCACACCUCUCUCUGACGGCAAGGAACUAACCCACCGAGCAUCAUGGGUUGAGGGCAACCGAGAGGAUGGCUACCUGGUUGGACUCGACAGCAUGGUGGACAUAAUUUCAUCCAUGUUAAACUCUGAGGACUGAUGAGUGAGGGUGGUAGAUAAACACACAGACUUUACUUCCUGUCAUUCACAACACUUUGGAUUUCUCUCAGAGGUUCUCUUACGCACCUCCCCUGCAAUCCCGUGUCCAACAACAGUGCGGGGCUGAGACAUGAAUGGACACAGUCUGUCCCUGAACCACAUUUAAACUCUACUUCUUCCCUAUUCAUUUUCUGCCAAAUCCUGAAGGGCAUUCCUUCUGCACAAUGGACAUUGUAGGUUGUCAAAGCAGGAGAAACAAUACUUCCACCACAGCUCCUUCAUUCCAUGGCAUCUAUUAUGUCUCCGGUGCAGCAUUAUAGUUGUCUUUACGAAAAAAAAA